CGACGAUCCGGAGCCAGCAAUUUUGUGGCCACAAUUUGGACCUUUUACUACUUCGGUUCCACCGUCUCUCUCGAAGUUCAUCCGUUAAACCCUUCCACUGCAUUUCUCACCUGGUUACAAAUCUCUGUGUUGUUGUCAAUCCAAUCAGAUGGCGGAUGGAGAUAAUCAGUCACAGUAUGUGAAGUUGAACAAAAAUCAAGCGCCUAUCGACAUCAACCCUGGAGAGCUUAAUCAACCAAUUGCAGUUCCUCAGUUAAAUGUUCGCAAGUGCAAUGAAUGUAGGCAGCCUUUACCCGAGAGCUUUGAGCCUCCCGGCGUUGAACCUUGGUCAACUGGGAUAUUCAGUUGCACUGAAGAUACCGAAAGCUGCUGGACAGGACUCUUUUGUCCCUGUGUUUUAUUCGGGCGCAAUUAUGAGAAGCUGAGAGACGACAUACCUUGGACCACACCAUGUAUUUGUCAUGCAAUUUUCAUUGAGGGGGGUAUGGCACUUGCUGCAGGAAUCGCAGUAGUUCAUGGUAUCGACCCUGAGACAACAUUUCUCUUUUGGGAGGGAUUGCUUUUCAGUUGGUGGAUGUGUGGUAUAUACACUGGCUUUGUUAGACAAACUUUACAGAAGAAAUACCAUCUUAAGAAUUCGCCUUGUGAUCCCUGCUUGGUGCACUGCUGUAUGCACUGGUGCGCGUUGUGCCAAGAACAUAGGGAGAUGAAGGGACGACUCUCUGAUGAUGCCGUGAUGCCAAUGACCGUUGUGAAUGCACCUCCGGUUCAAGUGAUGAAGUCUGAUCAUGGAGACUCUGCUUCUGCACCAUCAUCCUCUGCUAAUGGCCAUGACCACCAUUUAGAGAUGCAACCAUUGUAAUAUAAGACCAUAGAUUUUGGGUUGGAUUGAAGUUCCUAGAUUGGUUUGGUGCCAAUGGUAAUUGUAUUCCUUUUC